AUGAACGAUUCACAGAAUCAGAACAGUUUCGAUUUUGUACCAAAGUCUGAUUAUAAGGAGAAGUGGCAUCUGGAAAAUAAAUGUCUUUUUCAUAAUCAACAAUUCGUAGAAGGAGAAAAACGCAAAACGGAAAGAAAGUGUACGAUAAGCGAAAUAGUGAACGGUUCGUGUCCGCAUUUCGACGAGAAAUUCAUAUCGAACACAGAUGGGAACACUUUGAAUAAAAAAUCAGGCGAUUGGAAAUGCAACGAAGGAAAUAUUGUACAAGAACCAACGAUCGCUGAAUGGAGGUGGAAAAAUCCAUACAGCAUUUCUGAUUUCGAUCGAUCGAAACAUUGGUAUCGGAAGAAUUUCACUUCGGGAGAUAACAUUUCGACGAAUUUGUUGCACACGAUAGACGGUCGUUACAAGAAUCCUACGAGAGACGAUCCAAAGAGAAAUUUCUUGUACAACUUUCGGGAGUAUUUGGUCAAUUAUCAAGAGUCAUGCGGCGUUCCACGAUCAGAGUACUCGUUUCUGGCUCUCAUUAGAACAAUGGGUCGAGCGACUGGUCGAUCUCUUCUCGCGUUGUUAUACGUGAUGCUGAACAUCAUACCUGUUGUAGAGGUAUUCCUGUACCUAUUGCGAUUCAUUCUGGAUAAGGUGAUUAGCAUAAGAAACAGUAAGGACUUCCGGCAGACGAUGGUACGAUGUUUUAUAUUCACCGCAGAAUUAUUCAGUGUAUACGUAUGUUUAAUAUUUAUAUUCGGUUUUAUUGUCUUGCCGGUUGUGCAUAUGGUAAUUGACAUAGUAGCAAAGAUCAUGCCCUGCAAUUAA